CCCCCUUCCUUUCUGUCACCAUUGAAUUCCUCAUCAUCACUCGGUUUUCUACCUCCAAACUCAUUACUCUGAACUUUCCUCUUCUGCCUCUGGUCCGCCGUCCCUCCUUUACAUACCCCACCCCGCCCACCGUCUACGGUCCCGUCUCCGUCACCCGCCUGCGUCACCCACGGUUCGCUCAGGCCCUGUUGGGAUCCUAUACUACAGCUCCUCAACUCGUUUUGAGGUCAUCCGACAUGUCGUCUCGAUUCUCCGAUUUUCGCCGCUCCACCGGGGUCGUUGACGCUGAUUCCGAAUAUUAUUCCCGUGAAAACCGUGGCCGUCAUCGCACCCGGGGGGGCCGUGUGGUCGAAGAAGACCGCUGGAGUUCGCGCUUACAGGAAACUGAUCGCUAUGGGCCACCUGCUCGCCGGCCGAGCAGACAUUACGAGGAUGCCCACCUUCUGUCUGGAUCACUAGUCCACUACGAGCGCCGCCACGCUGAAAGCCCACCUCCUCGACCCCGUCUUUUGCGGCGCCAGUCCUCCCUGGAUACGUUUGAUCGCAUUCCCUCUCGCAAGAUAGACGAGUACUACCAAGGUUACCUCCCUCGAGCUGCGCCUAGUCCGCCACCUCAACGCAGGGGACCAUCCCGGCGCUCUCUCGAUGUCGAUGAGUAUGAGGAGAUUCGCGUCGCAGACCCAGACGUCUAUAGUGACGAAGAGUUUCAUCGCUUCCGUGAGCGGGAUCGUUUUACAGACCGACGACGCCGCUCUGAUAGCCGAUUUCGCGAAAGAGUGGUAGGAGAAGUGAAUAUUGGAAAGCCGUAUCCGCGCAAAGGCAAAACUCGCAUGCCCCGGAAACUGGUUCAUACUCGCGCGAUUCGGGAAUUUGGUUAUCCUUUCGAGGAAGAGGGUGACCUGGUCAUUAUCCAGCUAGCUCUCUCUAAGGAGCAAAUUGAUGCUGUCAUUGAGAGAAGUCGCGAGAUCAAGCGUGCGAGCGAAUCUGUCUCGAGGCAAAGAGCUAGAUCCCCCGUUCGUGCAACGUCCAGACUCAGAAGAGUAGAUCGAGUCGCAAUGGAGACGCUUUCCCCGCGCACCAGCGAGACUCUGAUCAUCGAGCCAUCGCCAUCCCGGCACCGGUCGCCGUCUCGUCGGCAUUAUGAUUAUAUUGAGAAGACCACCAAACGAUCUGUCUCCCGUACACGGUCGACAUCAGUCCAUGGUCUUCGUGCGCGUCGUUGCUCCUCGCCUGUGCGCAUGUUGAUCCACAAUCGUGAGGAUCGCAUCGAAGAACCCAGAACUAGCUCCAGCCAGCUUGCUAUUGUUGUACGCCCUCGAGAGACCGACCAUGACCUUGGCGAGUAUGUCACGGAACGACCAGGUGGCAGAGAGGUGAUUCGUGAUACGAAAAUCAUUGGCGACGGUGAAGAGGAGGAAAUCCUAGAGGUCAAGAAGGAGCGAAAAGGCCCCACUCCUCGACUCCUCCGUGCUAUGCUUGCAACGAUGACCUAGGCUGCUCUCUCGGAUUAGAUGCUUACUUUCAGACUGAUACGGCUUAUUAUGAUUUGUGUCUUGCUGCUCAUGUUCUAGUUUAUUGUAUGAUAACAGGAAGAAUGCUUGUAUGGGUAUUGUAUGAAUUUCGGAUUUUGGCUUGAUUUUUCUUUCUUUCUUUCUUUCGUUCUUUCUUUCUUUCUUCUCUUGCUGUCCUUCUUUGCAGCAUAUACUCUGAUUUCUUUCCCACUUUGUUUGCCGCUAUGACCAAUUUUAUUCCCCCCUAUGAUGUCUUUAAGCCAUAAUAUAAUCUAUCCAUAUAUACACA